GCAACUAGGCGCCCAGUUUUAAAUCAUACAGUGGAAUUGGGGACCUUAUUAACGGCACAAGGACUUCUGGCACGGGUAUAAAUUCUGACUGUUUGACGUGAAGUACGAGUGUCAUUUAGUCCAUCGACAUCGAUAGACUAAAUUGCGACACAAUUAUUCCUCUACGCAGAAAUUAGGAAUUUAUCGAUUCCAGUAGAGAUUCUACAGUUUUAUUUCAAAUUCUGGAUCAGCUCAGGAUGAAUAUCAUGUUCUCGAAGUUGUAUUUCUUUGUGAUGUUGUUUUUCGUCAUUUUCAGCCUGUUUGCAAAUGCAUUAUUAUAUGGAGGUGGGCGGAAAGUCAAACAAAACAUUCUGGAGGAAAUUUUUCCGGUGAGCUACGAAGCAGAGCAGCUUGGGGCCUUGGAGUAGUCUUGAAUAACUGAAUCAUAUAAAAUUAUUUUAAAGUCUCAACACAUUUGAUAAAUAUAAAAACAUAUACUUUUGGAGUUAUUCCGCGUGCCAUAUGAAUAAACUAUCGAUUGAUGAUGGGUUGGAUUCCGUAGGUAUAUUUAUUAGGAUAAGACGACGCAACAUCUGGCGAACCACAGCUUCUCACGCGAUUGCAAGUUCAGGUAGGACAUGGAGAUUCUCAAACUCAGAAGUCGGAGAAAGCCGAAAUCGAUCAUGAAAUACGUGAAGCACCUUGCAACAAAAAUUGUAGGGCACGAUUCCAGCAAUCCUACUUCACAUAAUGAUCUAAUGCAGAAUUUCAACCUGCAAUGAGUUUUAGUUUAGUUGCAGUUCGAAAACGAGCAGUAGACUAGGGUAAAAUCAGUUAUCAAAACUUUCAUACAGAUUAAGGUCCAUAUUUCGGAUCAAAAUGAUGAUUACUAAACAAUUUAACCAGUUUGUACCCACCACGUGCGAAAACAGUUUUGACAUGGUAAAGUAUCGGAACUUUCAUCGUUCCGCGGAAUAUCUAUUAAACCCAUCAAGCGACGCAGCGCUCUAGAUACAACGCCGUGACGCUAUGAUGGCCGUGUUUUUGGCAAAUGGUGAUCGGGGCCCAAAUCAAGGCAUUCAUGGUACCGAGACACCUGAUUUUUGUACUUGCGCUUUAACUAGCCAAUAUUGCAACAGAAUGAACAUACGAUAAGAUUAAAAUGAUGUUAGAACUAUGAAAUCUAUGAUCUCGCGUUUGAAAACUUAUAGCCGUACUUACUGUUUAUUCAACGUUCUAUUCUAACCAAGUUACGGUAUCAAUCGAUAAUAUUCUUUAACAGAUAUUACUGGUAUUCGACAGUAUCAGCAUGAUUCACCGACAAACAAACAAUGUUAUGGCGCAGAGUAAAUAGGCGCCGUGUAUUUUUCCACCAGACAAUGGAUUUCCAACCAAUGAGUUGACCCUUUAUCAUAUUGCCUAUGCUAUAUUUAUAAAUACUGACUCGGAGCGAUUCACCUCGACGACGCUCACGUCAUUCGUCGUGUUUGCUGAGCUGGAAAGUUAUCGGCAGCACAUUGUUUAGAAUAGUUUUAGUUAGUUCCGUAGUCUCUGUAUAGGUAGUUGUCGUGAUGGCUUGAUAUAUUUCAAACUGCUUCAUAUAACUACAUUGCAUGCAUUUCCAAUAUCAUUUCGAUGACACAGUACAAACGAAAAUGGACAACGACGCCGAUGAGCGGAACUCAUACCUUCAAAUGGUACAUGGCAGAAUACGGGAAAGUAAAGCGACUGCGUCGUUUGCUGCUCUUUCUAGUUGUUUCAACAUUUAUUUCAAUUGGAAUAUGGACUUGGUUUUUUCGUCGUUCCUUGGAGGAUUCGGCGUUAAAAUCACGUAAUCAUAUGUACAAAACCAUAAAAAGAAGAUUAGCUUGCUCCAGAAACGAAACGGGAAAUGUAAAGAAGACGAUAUUGAUUUGGUUUGUUCCUUUUCAUGAUAUGACAAUGAUACCAGAAGUAUUGUUUACCGGACAUCUGCCUUCCAAUCUCGAAAGGAUAUCUUGGAACACGUCUACAUGUGGAAGCUGCAGAAUUACUUAUGACAGAAAAAUGUUAAAUCGAAGUGAUGCUGUUGUCUUUCAUGCAUUUUAUCCAAAUUCUACGAAUAAACCUCCACCAAAAAGUCACCAGGACCAGAUGUAUGUAUGGUGGUCUCAAGAAAGUGCCAACACACUGCACUUUGACAAGAGCAUUCGAAAAUAUUUUGAUUGGACAAUGACUCCAAGUUCAAGCUCAAAUGUCCUUUCACCUUAUGGGUCAUUUCCAUGGACGUUGAAGAUUUUGUGGCAGAAAGAACACGGACAUAAUUUUAUGGAUAAAAUGAGAAAAACAAAGGGAAUAUAUCCAGCCGAUGAAGAUGAUAUAUCCGAAUUGGAAAGAAAACAUUUCAAGGGCAAAACUAAAUUACGAGAUUCGAACCCCACAAAAGACGCUGUAAAGCAACUUGUUAAAGGCAAACAAAAAUUAGCUGCUUGGAUAGCCAGUAACUGUGACACUGGUGGUGCUCGUAUCAGAUAUUUUGUUGUGAAUGCUAUUGAAGAAAGCGGAUUAUCAAUUGAUCGGUUUGGUAGCUGCAAUGAAAAUUGGCUUCUGUUGUCAAGAUGGGAUCCAGCAUUUUUUGAAUUUUUAUCAAAAUAUAAAUUUUAUUUGAGUUUUGAAAACAGCAUUCACUGCCGUGGAUAUAUUACCGAAAAGUUAUGGUAUAAUGCACUGUACAGUGGAGCAGUUCCCGUCAUUUGGGGGCCACACAGGGAUGAUGUCAAAGCUGUUCUUCCACCAAAGUCUUACAUCCAUAUCGAGGACUUCCAGUCAACAUAUGAACUUGUUAAGUACCUCAAAUAUUUAGACAAGAACGAUACAGCAUAUGCCGAAUAUUUGCAGUGGCGGAAGUGGACAAAAUAUUUAAAUAAAAACGGUGAUUAUGUACAACAAAAUAUUUGGGAAAAUUUUGCUCAACCCAGUCAAAAUUUGAGAUUAACUUUAAAAAAGUAUUUAUCACCAAGACCUAUCGGGUUUUGUAAGUUAUGCAAAAUGCUUCACGAGCUUCCAGCUUCACAUUGUCGAAAAUCUACCUGGCCUGGUAUUGAAAUGGAUGAAAGAACGGAAUGUCUGGACGAAGAUGAAGGCUAUAAUAUAGCAGAAAAGGUAGUGGGGAAAAACUCACGAGGCGUUGAAUCAAACUGGUGAUACUCAGAGAAGGGUAUUCAUCUGAAGAGACAAGGAAUGAGAGGAAAACAUCAAUGGAAAAAUGGCACCGCAUAAGACCACAUAAGGUUAUCUUGCCAGUGAUUACGACAAAACGAGCCGUGUUGGCAACCCGUCAUGGACUUUUCUCUGACAUACGGGCAAAAUAAAAAUAAAAAACAAUGUUGCAAUUUAACAGGUGGAAAAUUUAUUCUUUAAAUAGAACGAAUUUAUGUCAAUUAUGUUUCGUCGCAAAGAACUCAAACUAAUUAAUUGACUUAUUAAUCAUAACCAAAUUUUGGGAUAAACCCUAUUAUUAUGAAGUAAAACCUAUUUUUUAUAAUAUCUAACUUAUUACCAUCGCAGAGUUAUGUUCGAUAUCAGUAUUAUACUCGAAUACACUAUUUGAAAUCGCAACACUAAUGCAUUUUUUUAAUGAAUAGAAUUUCUGAUACCUGACAGUAACACAUUCAACACAAAACUAAUCAGAACAAGAUUGAUAAUAAAUUGAUUCUUCUCAAUCGAAUACAUUUCCUUAUAAAUUUCAUGCAUUUGAAACUGAAGAUUUUCUUUUUGAUUUGCUAAAUUCAUCACUACGGUACGUACGUGUAUUAUAACAUUGGCUGCUACAACUUGAAUGUGGGAUUCUAACUUGCAUUGAUACUAUGUAUAUUAUGUUUGCAAAAAUUAAUUGAUUUCUGUCUCCCUUGUUUGAAUCCAAGGAGCACUCGUUAUAGCGUGUUCAACAAGGUCAAACGUUUGAUAACUUUUUUAAUUGUAUUGAAAAAAUCAUUUAUUAAUUUGCUUUCAAAGAAAUUCGCUUAAUGAAAUUAUCGCCACUCUCAUGAUUUCGAACUUUUACGAUAACACUGUAGCCUAUUUGUCGUACCAUUACAUAAAAUCGUCAAUCAUUCAUUAUAAAUGUUUUGGAGUAAAAAAAAAUUUCGAGACCUCAGUGUUUAAAUAUAAGUGAGAUGACACUAA